AUAAAAUCAAACCACGCAUUCAAUGUCCAAUUCUCUCAACUAUAGUGCAACUCUUAAUAGUCACAUAAAUAGUAAGAAUAUUUAAGAUAAUUAGAUUUUACAAAUUCUCAAAAUUUCACUUAACCUUAUUGCAAUCUAUAACAAUAAAGUUCUACUUUUAGAGAAAUUAAUCAAGCAAUGACAAUUUAAAAUGAAAAUGAAAUGAAUAUUGAAAAAUUUGUAAAUAUUUUUAUAAUUCUUAGUCAUCAAAUAACUCCUCAAAUAUAGAAGGUAUUCUUAGAAAGGAAGAGGAUUCAUCCAUUUCAACAAUAUAGACUUUAAAAUAAGAAUUUAAUAGAGAAUCUCCUUAUAUAAAGAUUAGCGUAUAUAGACAACACCAACUGGCUAAUUAAAAAAUUUAUAUUCUUUAAGAUGACAAGUAAUUUCUUUCAUUUAUUAUUAGAAUCAUAGGUGGAAAUUAAGUUUAAAACAAUGAAAUUUAGAUAAUUAGAAGAAAGAAGGCAUUACGUGUUAGUGAUAACAAUAUGGAUUUUGGUAUGAAUAAACGUUAUUUUUAAGGUCUAUCUUCUUAAGAAAUAAAUAUUGAGUAAAUCCCUUGCAAAAUUUCCACAUAAUAUGGAUUUCGUUAUUCUAGUAGGAUCACUCCUCAGAUUCUAAUAUUACUUUCAUUGAAAUAUUUCAAUAAUAAGUUUGCUAUUAUGCCUACAAAUGUCUUCAAACUCAUUCAUUAAUUUAUUAAGUAAAGUUUUUUUUUCAAUUUUUUUAGAGAAGAACCGAAAUUCUAUGUUCAAGAUUGUGGAACAUAACUAAAAACCUUAGUUAGAAUUCAAAAGGAUAAUCCAAAAAUAAUGAAUUUAAAUAAUAAAUACCUGAUUGGAAAUGAUUUCUACUUUCAUGUUGUUUAGUUAAGCACAAAUCCAAAAUUAAAUGAUAAAAAAAAAGAAGAAACGGAUAUUGAUUACUUUUUCUAAACUUUAGUUAGAGAACAUGUAAGAGAUAGAACCAGAAUACAUGGAUUAACUAAAUAGGAAUAAGCUAUUUUUUAAUGUAUAGACAUUUGACAUAACAUUCUAGAGUAUUUAUAAAAUUAUACAUAAAUGAAAAAGAAAGGGAGAAAACAAUACAGUCUAUUAAAUUGUAAUAGACCAUUUCUUAAGAUUCAAUUUGAUACACCUGUAAUUAAAUAAAUGGCUGUAUUUAUUGCAAAUCAAGGAGAAUAAUAAAUUUUUAAAAUUGGAAGAUGUUAAGAUUGUGACAUAAUUAUUAACAUGAAUACUAUUUCUAGAAAACAAACAUAAAUUAAGUUCAACAAAAAUAAAUGGGAAAUAUCUGAUGGAGAAGGAGUAAAACAAUCUGCCAAUGGUACUUGGUAGUCACUAUAAGAAUGUCAAAGCUCUUUAAAUCCUAUAGUUUAAUCAAGUUAACCAUUAUAAAUAGAGGACAAAAUGGAAAUUAAAAUUUGUGAAAACAUUUUUAGAUUUGACAAGAUAGGGUUUGGUAUCUCGAAAAGGUAUAAAAUUAUUUAUAUUUUUUUUAGAAGAAAAUUAAAUAAUUUAUUAUACUAGGAACUAAAAAAUAUUGAUUAAUAAUGA